AUGGUCAGUUCCGGCGAGGAUCGAGCUGCGGCCGGAAAGACGCCCAUUGGCGACGACGGUGCCAGCGAUUCAGACGCGGACGGAGCCGAAGAGGUAAAAAUAGGCCAAGUGGACAAAUCCAAACGGAUUCGUUUUCAGAUUUUGGAAGAGUCGCCGGACAAACGCUGGUCAAAACGGAGAGAACAGGUGAAACAGAGGGACGUGCCCGGAAUAGACGUCGCAUAUCUCGCCAUGGACAACGAAACCGGUAUGUUUUAUUGCGAUAAUGUAGGGUUGCUCCUUGAAAUGUCCCUUGAAAUCAUAUUUUAUUGAAAAAACUGGAUGACAUUUUUAGGUAACGAAGUAGUCUGGAAUGAAGUGCAAUUCUCGGAAAGGAAAAACUUUCGCGCCCAGGAGGAGAAAAUAAAUGCAGUCUUCGAUAAUCUGACUCAGUUGGUGCACACGAAUCUCGUCAAGUUUCACAAAUACUGGACAGAUUCAAAGUCAGAAAAACCGAGGGUAAGUGUUUUGUGCUCUCCGGUGGAGUCACCACUAUUUUCAGAUUAUCUUUAUUACGGAAUACAUGUCUUCCGGAUCAAUGUCUGCGUUUCUUCAAAGGACACGAAAAGCCGGUUCUCCGCUCAGUAUCAAGGUAAAAUUCGUUGAAGAACGGUCAUUCCACAAUCAAAAAUCAGUCUUUGCAGGCGUGGAAAAAGUGGACAACACAGAUUUUAUCAGCAUUAAAUUAUCUGCAUUCUUCCGAUCCGCCAAUAAUUCAUGGAAAUCUGACGUGCAACACAGUUUUUAUUCAACAGAACGGACUCAUAAAAAUCGGGUGUGGUAAGUCGUUUAAUUCGUAUUCCGUUUUUCGACUCGUUCGGGAAGUGCAUGGUUCAUACAUUCAGUUUUCUCAAUCAAACGCUCAGGCGCCUCCUCUUGUUUUUUGUUUGAACUGCCGUGCGACAGUGCAUUUUUCGAACUAAAUUCCCUUCGCGGGUCCCGGGAAUCUGCGUUUAGCCAUGCUCUUGUUCAGGUAUCUCGAUGUGUAAAGACAACAGUGGACAGAACCUUCUUGGUGGGUGAUCCCUCCCCCUAUGUCCUUUCCGGCCCACGUGUUGUGCUUACCGUCUUUUCUUCUUCUCCGUCUGUCAUUGUGUGCAUGUUCCUCUUUUUCUUCUGUUUCUUCCGUUUUCUCACUUUCUAAUAUCUUCCUCAGUUUUUCGAUCUGUCGCUUUCAAAUUAUCAUCUACCAUUUUAUAUCCGUCAUGUCUGCAUAACUAGACAGAUGUCUAGAAAAACAAUGCCGCGUUCAGAGUGCACUUUUAGAUAGGUCAAACAGAGAAAAAGUGCAAGAGUGAAUAGGAAUGACCUUUUGGAAUUAGCUAGUGUAAACUUUGGAAUUUGAUAGUGUAAACUCGAUGAGUUCUUUGCCCGCUGCUAGAAAAAUACACUUUCAAUCAGCUGCUAGCCAUCUGUUUCGGGCCCAAAACCAUGGGGAGAAGGAAUGAAAAAAUGUUUUAAUAUGGUAUUUUCGUAAGAUGACGCACUUGAAGUUCACAAUGACGUUCGUUUGUUUCAAUUUGAAGUUAUGUAUUCAGUCAUUCAGAAUUUGCGAGCUAGUCAUUGAACAUUGAUAUAUGCUCAUUAUUGAAAGUGUCAAUUUCCUUUCCAUAAAAUUUGCGGAAUGUUUCUCUCUUAGUUCCUUGUUGGCCGGGUUGACCCCUCGUUUCGUUCCUCUCACACACACUCCUCAGCGAACGAGUCUCGCCCUCAGAGGAUUUGCGUCCUAUUUGCGCCAAAAUCGCAUUUGCCAAUCGGGAUACCGCCCGGUGAUAUGGUACAACUUGUUUGCUGAUUAGAUUUGCAUCGCUGGUCGAACUUUUCGCGGAUCUUUCGCGAACCGAGAGUUGUGUCUACAGAGUGCGAGUAGAGUCUUUCGAGUGAAAGUAUGCGCGCAACAGACUGUUUGUUGAUUAGCAGCCCGAGUUGCGACGUGAUGUUGCCGUUCCAACGGGUACCUGGUGCGGCCGUUUCGAUGGCAAUUAAGCGAUCGGCUCGAAACGAACUUGCAAAAAUGCACCUCUUAAUACAAAGAAAAAAGUGGAAAAAAAUACUCGAAAUAGAAAAGUAGAAACAGCAAUGUUGUGACCUGUCUAUCUGUACCUGUUAACAUCCUUAUUGCUUGCUUCCUUGUCACCUCCAGAACCUUAUUCUUUUCUUUCAGUCGCCCCGGACGCCAUCAACCAUCAUGUCAAGACGUGUCGAGAAAACAUGCGGUACAUGCACUACAUCGCCCCGGAAUACGAGAGUUCGUCCCUGCUUCCACAGUGUGUAAACCUCCCAUCAAGCUUCAGAUAACACUGAAGUCACCUCGGCGGCCGACAUCUACUCAUUCGGCAUCUGCUCACUGGAGAUCGCUGUGAUCGGUGGACUGUCUGGAUGCCAAAAUGGAAGUUCGGAAGGCCCUGUGACCGAAGACGUUAUCGAGAAAGCGAUUCAAUCGCUAGAGGAUCCGUUGCAACAGGACUUCAUCCGACAGUGUCUUCGGAAAGAUCCAGCAGAGAGGCCUAGUGCCAGAGAGCUUCUUUUCCAUCAGAUCCUUUUUGAGGUAACUCGUCCAUCGAAACAGGCAGAUGAUGCUGAUCUACUUAUUUUUGCUAGGUACAUUCAUUGAAAUUGCUUUCGGCGCACGCGAUAGUCGAUUCAAAGAAGUACGAAGAUGUUUCGGAGAGUGCAUUCCGAAUAAAGGACAAUGAAAGAGUAAGUUUGGAGCCCGUAAGAAAAGGAGACUAAUGUGUCUCAAACUUCUGGUGGCGGCAGAACUGACCAUAUUCGGGGCGCCUUCAAUUGUCACGCAAAAGUCAAUAUUUGACACGCCGGUCACUUUGUCGGCGUUUCUCGCGAUCUCGUUUUGGCGAACUCUUCGCCUCGAGAGCAGAAAGUGUCCCACGAAAACAAUGCUAUAAUUUCAGGUCGCUGCCACAUCGAAACUUCGCGAGAUGGCUUACUGUCAAGUGGCUGCCUUCCAGGUGGAUCUAGAGAAGUUUCUUGACGACGUCCGCAACGGAAUCUAUCCGCUGACGGCGUUCGCUCCCCUCGCACAUCUGCCUUCGACGACGUUAAGAGCCUAUUCGAAUGUGGGAUCAGAAGCGGAAACACGAAGAAACUAUGCAAAGUCCAGAGUUUUCAGACAAAUCCGUCAACGUUGAUCAGUGCAACGAAUGACUCGGCGCCGUCGUCGACACAUCCAUCAGCCAAUUCGACGAUUACCGCAGAUUCUGGAACAACCGGAAUUUCGGGAACGGCUAAUUCCAGUGGAGUCAACAUCAACGGAACGUCUUCAAUCGGAAAGUCCUCAAGUCCGGAAGUAUCGGACAGAAAGGUCGGAGACUCGGUCGACUCAACAGACGUUGCAAGCGAACCGAGCGGAACGAGUGGAGCUGUCCCGUCUUCGAGUGCCAGAGAUGCCGGAUCACCGACUCCGGAAGAAGAAGAAGAAACCGAAGAACGGGAUAUGCGGUUAGAAAACCGGCAUAUCUUGGAAAUCAAUGUGCACAUUGAAAACGAGUAAGUCCGCGUACUCUCAAUUCACCGCUCUUGCCCCCUCGGUGUUUGCGUACUCAAGCCUAAUUUGAGAAAUUUUGGCUUGAGUCUGCAAACACCGAGGGGGCAAGAGCGAUGAAUUGAGUUUAUCUUUCAACUGAUUGGACUUGUUUGAUUUUCAGAGAAAUGUCGAUUGUGUUAUUGUUAGAAGAUCAGAUGCAUCGACAGUUGACGACGUCACUUCAGAAGACGGAUGCGGCAGACUCGCUGACGGAGAACCUGGUUACCCACGGAUUCGUGUGUCAGGUGAGAGCGCUCUCCGACCCCUGCACAUUGAUGCUGAGAAAGCGGGAUAAUCUGCUGAUAGGCGACUUGACUUUCUCGACAAAUAAGGGCUCUCGCCCCCUCCCGAUUGGCAAACAGACAGUCGCCCGUUGAUGGUGACCUUUAUUUUUUUGAGUUGCUUAUGAUGAUGCUUAUGCUCUUUAUCCGUUCCCGCGCGGUCACUCUCUCUCCCUCUCUCUAUCAUCUUAGCAUACAUAACAAACACGCGCAAGAACGGGAAACUGGACGACAAAGAACAAUUCGUUUCAGCUUGAUUCGGAGGGCGUCGAGAAAGCGAUUUCUGCCGCAUUUGAGAUACGGGCCACGCGGUUAGCAGAAGGAAAUCUAGACGAGGGAAGUGAGACGACGUCCCUGAAGUGAGUGAGCGACUUUGGAGCCCCGGAAUAUGUAACUAAUUUUGUAGAGAAGUUGAGUCGGAGGUUUCCGUGGAGAACGGCAAUCCGUCAUCAACAACAGAAGCUCCCGUGGCAUCUGAAACGAAUCCAGUUGUUCCACCUCCUACCACAUCCACCUAG